AACCCAACUGAGGAGACACUUUGGAGAGAAGAAAUCCUUGGCUCUCUCCAAAAAGGAAAGGAAGGUGAAGACAAGAGACUCAUCGAUAUGACCUCAGAAGACCUUUCAGCCCAACCUGAUCUUCAACAAAUAAUGCACCAUGAUGUGGGAGCCUUCAAGCUUCAGGCUGGAGCAGAUAGGCCCCAAACACAGAUGCAACCACACCAGAAGUUACUCCAGCCUCAGGAGUUUCCUGAACCACUUCAGACUCCAGAUGACUUCCAACAAGAUCUUCAAAAUAUGAAAGAUCUACAGAAGGUCCUUGAGAUCCCUCAUAGUCAAGAAGAAACCCAGGAGCAGAUGGAGGGCCUUGUGCCCCAUCAGUCUCUGAAGCAGCAGGACACAGGAAUGAAGUUCUCCAAAGUCCAAAGAGGGAUAGAGUCAGAAGUCCUUGACUUUCAGGAAGAGGCGUCCCCGGUUCCUUGUGGGAUUCCAGGAUUAUCUGAGGGAAAAGAUCCCAAAGCUGUCAGAGAUGGAGACUUUGGUGGUGUGCAAGACUCCUCCCAGCAGCCAGAAGCAUCUCAGGAAGCUGAGACAAUAUCUCAGGGGCCUUUACUGAGGAAGCCCAAGUCUUUGGCAUCCCUGGAAUUUGCAGCAAGCCAAACUCUGCUGCAUCGAGGCUUAAAACAUCCAGAAAUCCCUCUGCAAAUGGGAUUGGAGGUCCCCCAUCCCUCGGAGGAACAGCAGAAGGGGAUGGGAGUUCUAGAUACCCAAGUCUCUAGUGAACCACAAAGAGAAACAGAAAUUGUUCGAGACAAAAUGGGGACAGGAAUAGAUGUGGAACCCCACAUUUCCCCCAAAGGGAAGCAGGAAUCCCCUGAGAUUCAGCACAAGGUCUCUGUGCUUGAAGAUGAGGGAGACUGUAAGACUUUACAAACCCAGAGGACACCAGUCUCUUUACCUGAGGAGCAGAGGGAUUCAGAGGUGCACGAGAAGAUCUUGAAGGCCUACAAAGAAUCUCUGACCCUUCAAGCUCCUGGAAUGAGAUCUUCCGAAGAUCCAUGUCACAAGGAACAGCAUAUUCCAGAUCCUUCCCAACUUCAAAGCAUUUUGCUGAAGAAAUCAAAAUCUCUUGAGCCCCAAGAGCUAUCAAGAGCUGGUGAAUAUGGGGGAUCACCAGAGAUUCAACAGGAACAUAAAUACCCCCAGGAAUGGAAGAGAACCAGAGCUGAGGAAACUCCUCAGAAGAAAAUGGAAGUGUCAGAGGACCAACACUUGAGGGAGGGUCUCCAAUGCCAGACAUUUCCAGAGAGUGAACUAGAGAAUGUUCAGACACUAGAACUAUUGCAGAAUGAAGCAGAAGCAUCUAAGCUGAAGAAGAAGUCACAGGCUGUUGAGGUUUCCUCAAAGGAGACACAAGUUCCCAGUCCUGAAGCUCAGAAAACAGGCAUCUGUCAGGCCUCCAUGGAAACCCUUCGCGCAAAUGAGACAGUAGAGAGAAAUCUGGUUGGGACCCAAAUUAUUCACUCUGGCUGUCAGGAGGAAACGGAGAACCUUUCAUCCCAUGUUGAUCUGACAAGGAAAGGAAAGUCUCUGGACUCUGAAAGUAUGGGACAGACACCAAAAGUGAAGCAACUGGCAAAACUUACCAGCAUAGAAACACAAGAAAAAAGAAGGUCCCAAGAUCACAUGCAAGAAGGAAUGGAUGUGUCCCAAGCUGAAAAGAGGCAGAUGGAGAAGCUGGAAGUUGCAGAAGUCCCACAGAAAAGUUCAUAUGCCAUAAUAUCUGGAAGAGAACAGGAAGUAUCUGAGAUACUUCAAGAAACAAAAUUGGACAGCCCAGAUGUAUGUCAAGGGUCUGAAUUUUUGCAAAGGGAUCAAGGUGAUCUUGCAUUUCAAGGAGGUCCUCAUGAUCAUAAUCUCCCAGUAGAAGAGAGUCAAACAACCACACAAAGUCAGAAGGGAACAGAACUUUCUCAGCUUCAAAACCUUCUUUUCUGUGGAUUCCUGUGGAGGAAGUCAAAGUCUCUGGAAGUGAGAAAGACACCAGGUUUUCACUUGCAAGAACCAAAGGAGCCAGAAGGUCCUUCUGAAGAGUCCCAACAUCCACAGACAGAUAGAGAAGGCAAACAGUCAAGGGACUCCCUGUCUCAGAGUCAACAAACACAAAUCCCUCCACCAGAGGAAUUGCUUCUGGAGGACAAGAAAGUCCUUCAAGUGCAACAAAUGUCCCAGAGUGGGGCCAGGUCUCAAGAAACGGAGGGGUUUUCAUCUGAGGAAAGAAAGCAGACAGAGAUACACACAGUGCAGCAAACACAAAUGGAUAAGUCGGCAUCUCCUGACUUGCGGGAGUCACUACCAGAACCUCUACCUCAACCCCAUGAAAGGAAGAACCUAGAGAGUUCAUCCACCCAACUAACCACUCCACAAAAAUAUGCAGAGAUUCCACAGAUCUUCAUGGACCCAGAAUCACCGUCUCUUCUGUGGAGGGUUUUAGAUCAUAAGGCAAAAUCAUUUGAUUUGGGGGAGCCACAUGUUUUUCCAAGCCCAGAAUUCAAAUUGACUUUGGCUGAGGAAGUGACACAAAAUGAAGUUUGUGUCUCUCAGCUUCCUCAGGAAGUGAAGGGAGUCUCCAUGGUUCAGCCUCAGAGAGAAUCAUUGAUGGAGUCAGAAACCCAAAAGUCACAGGAAAUCAGGAAUCCAGCAAUCUUUCAUCCCCAGGGACUGGAGUCACCAGCAGAUCCUCAGAUGCAGGCAGAGGCUCCAUCAGUGGAGAGAGAAUAUCAGGAUGUGAAGACAUCUAGGAUUUCUCCAGAACAAUCAAAAGUGGUCACCACUGGAAAAGUCAAGGGCAUUCAGCCUCAAGAUAUGAGAGAACCAGAGGACACUUUGGUCGAGAAGGUUCUCCAGAGAAGGUCACAAAUGUUUCAUAGGCAGGAAUCACCUCAGACAGAGACAGAAUUGCCAACACAUUCAGGGACCUUCAUAGAAACAAGUGGGCUUCAAGAAAGUAGAUGCCCAGAAUCUCCUCCUCUUCUAUGGGGUGCCCUGAAGCUCAAGUCAAAAUCUUUUGAGCUUAAGAAACCACAGUCCUUGGAAACCCAAGAGCUAAAGGAGGCUCUGAGAGUUCAAUCACAAAGAUCACAAAGGCAACCAGAGACCCAGAAGACACUAGAAUGUCAGGAUGAAACAUCCAUUUCUCUUCAGGAAUCUAAAGAAGCUGAGGUAGCUCAGGUCCAGACAAGGAAAGAAAGCUUGAAGACUGCGGGGAUGCUGUCCACAAGUCAAGAGAUUCCUCAUCCUAAGGCUUCUCUUCCUGAGGUGCUGAUAGCUCCUUUUCUAAAGCAGAAGAAGGAUCUUCAGGGUGAAUUGAAAAUGGGCCUGGAAACACCUCAAGAUAAGGGAGUGUCAGAGGUGGAGACAAAUGUUUCUCAAACACAAGAAAGAAUGCCAGAAAAACUCCAAGAUCCAGAGGGGAUUGGACAAGAGCUGAUGGUUACACAGACUCUUCAACCCCAUGACAAUGAGUACAUAGAUAUCUCAGAGGCCCAGGGUUUUGUCCCACCAUCCAAAAUGGUUCUUCACAAGGAACACAGAAGUCCAGACACUUCUCCUCCUCUUCUGUGGACAACUUUAGGAACAAAGGCAAAAUCAUUUGAGUUGAGAAAACCACGAAUCUUUCAGACUCAGAAUCUGAGAGAAAUUGAGCUAACUAUUUUCCCCCAAAGGAUCUCCCAGGAGGAAUCACAGGCUCCAAAACUUCAGGAAUUGAAAAAGUUACAAAUGGUCCCAUCACAGAGAGAGCUACAUAUGGAAGCAGGACUCCAUAAAGAACAAGGAUGUGAAGACCCAAAGAUCUUUCAUCCAUCAGAACUGAAGGAACAAGAAACUCCUCAAGUUCGAGCAGACUGUGAAAGCUUUCAUUUUGAGGGAAUAUCUCUAACAAACCAACCGAUCUUUCAGCUCCCAGGUUUGCAAGAAGAAAGGUGUCCAGAAGGCUUUCAGAUUCAGCAAGGUCCCUGUUCAGAGGUGGAACAGGGCCUUUGCCUUCAAGAACCAAGAGAAGUAGAGGUCCCUGAAGCCCAGACUGAUCCACAGAGAAGACAAACAACUUCUCAAAGUUACCCAGUUCAACAACAAGGACUGAAGGAACCUGAGACCUUCCAGUUCUAUGAAGGAGGCACUCCAGAUCUCUUACAAUCACAACCAGCCCCUGAGAGAGAAAGCUGGUUUCUUCAACACAACAAGCGUAGAAGUCCAGAGACACCACCUCUUUUCUGGUGGACCUUGGCGUUGGCCCAGCAGGGGAUGGAACACAUGGGGCUUUUGGUAUCUCCUCAGCCCCAGGAGAUCACUGAGCCACCAGAAACAGAUCUACAGGAAAAUCAGAAUGGGAAGCCCAAAUCCCCAAAGACAAAGGAAGUCAUGGACCAGAAGAACCUCUAUUCCCAAGAACUGGAGACACCUGCAGUAGAAAAAGAUUUGUUUCUGAAAGAAGGAAUGUUGUCAACAGUUGCCUCUCUUUGGGAAAGGAGAGAUCCCAAAUCUCCCCAGGCUCAGGAUAUUCCUUUUGAAGUACACUCUAUGUGUUCUGAGUUGUCUGUUUCUCAGCAGGUAGGGUCUCAAGUCCCAGAAAGAGCAGAAUUGACUCAAAGUCCUAGGAGAAGCCUUCAGACUCUUGAGGUUGAGGUUCUGAAAAAAAAGGAAUGUGUCCAAUCUGAGAAAUCUCCCCAGAUGGAACAGGACAUCAAGGAAAUGCAGAGCUCUUCAGAGGAGCAAAAUAUCAUUACACCCGAGGAGACAAAAGAAUUGGAGGGCUCCCUGUUACAGGACAACAAACCUCAAAUGUGUUAUUCCUACAAAGUUGGUGAGACAGAAUGCCUCCUAUCCUCAGGAGGGCUAGUAAGAAAGUCAAAGUCUCUUGAUAUAAUGAAGCUUCAGGCCCCAAAACCACAGGCAUUGUGUGAGAUUGAAUCUUCCCAAGUUCAAGAAGAGCCAGAGAAUAGAACUAAAGACUUUGAGAUGGCCCCAGAAUAUAUCCAGAUGAAACCAACAGAAAAGAAAGAUCCCCAGUCCAUUAAAUCUGAUGGAAAGAGUGAUCCAGAAGGAGUGGUCCCAGAAAGUCUCCCAAUGAAACCAACAAAAAAGAAAGAUCCUCGGUCCAAUAAAUCUGAGCAAAAGAAUGAUUCAGAAACCAUGGUUGCAAUGAUCCCAGAAGAUCUCCAGAUGAAAACACCCAAAAAGAAAGAUUGUCAGGCAUUUAAUUCUGAUGGAAAGAUUGGUCUGGAAGAUAUACAGGUCUGGAGUACAUUAUCUUUCCUUCAGACCCAAGAACCAGGGACAGAAAGCCAUAGCAGUCCUUCUCCUUCUCUUCCUCUUCAGGGUGUUUUGGAGCUAAAAUCCGAAUCCCUUCACGUGGUAGAACUAACCACAUGCCUGAGCCAGGAACAGCAGGAAGAGACUGUCCAUCAGCCUCAAGGAUCACCCCAAAUGGAUCUAGAUAACCUUCAACACACAGGAAUCAUGGAUCCUAGGACCUUCUGUUCUCAGGGACAUUGUGAAUCAGGAAGCUGUGGAUUCAGGAUGGAGGAAGACAACCAUCCCCAGACAUUCUUUGAGAGAGAAGCUACCUGGCCUCAAGCUGCAUUGCACAGGAGGCCAAAGUCUCUUGAGCUCCAGGAGCUCUCAGGGCCAGAGGCCCUUCUGCUCCAGGAGUUGAAGAAACCAGAAAUAUCCCAAGCUCCAGAAGGCGCACCAGGAUGCCCUGAGUUUUCUGAGGCCCAAGUGAUGAAGAGUUGGGGAAUGUGUCCAUCUACUCAAGAAGAUGUAGAGAUAGUGGAGAGCUCUUUACAAGACUUGGAGGUUUUAAAGAACGGAACACGAUUUCUUACACAAAAGGAUAAGAGUUUCCAGAAGACACCAACACCACAGAAAGGAUUUGAAGAAAAUAUUCCAUGUGCCUUGGAUUCCCAGGAAGAUAUUAACUCAGCAGUUGAGCAGGCCCAAAGACGUAAAGAACCAGAGAUCCUUCAACCAGUUGGAGCUCCACAGCUGGAAGAUGUACUUCCGCAAGGCAUGGAGGGCUUGCAAAAUAACUCAGAGAGUUUUGUGUCUCUUGAAUCCACAACUUCAAGGUCCUCAUAUCCUCUACCAGUUGGAGAAACACAGAUGAAGGUGCCAGAGACACCUGAGCUGGUGAAGUCUCCAACUCAGGUGUCUUCAUCCACAGUGGAAACAAAAUCUUUGCUUCCUUCAUGGAUUCUGAGAAAAUCAAAGUCUCUUGACCUUCAAGAACUUCAGACUCUUCAGCCGUUGGUACUGGAGGGAGACUUGCAAGGUCCAAGCAACAUCAAGAUAUCUCACUCACAGAGAAAACUGGAAGAUGAAUCAUCAGAACAUCAGAAAAUUAAGGGCUCAGUAGUCCUCUGUUCCAAAAUUCUUCCAGAUCAUCUCCAGAAGGAUCAAGUGGCCCCACAAUUGCAGGAAGAAAGGAUAUGUGAGACUCAGAAAGCAGUACCAAUGGGGUUGAAACCUGACCAGAAUCAAGAACAAACUGGAGAUAAUGCAGAAGUCCUUUGCUCCCAAGCAGUGGAGGACAUUCAGAUGCUUGGCUCUAAAGAAGGUGGAGAUGUAAAGCUUCUGACACUCCAGGAAUAUCCACUGAGUGUAAAGGAAUCUCUCCAGAUCCAAGGAUAUGUGCAAACAGAACCAGACCUACAUGAAUUGAUGGGACCACAACUGGAUAUUGACCCCCAAGAAGAGAGGGAUCUACAAGAAUCUCCACUCCUAGGCAACCUGCUGAGGAAAUCCAAGACCUUUGGACUUGAGUUGCUAAGAAGGAGUGAUGUUUCUUUUCCAGUAUCAGAAAGUCCUCACAGCCAGGCUACUCCAGAACCAGGAAUACAAUUGCUCCAGGAACCCAUAGAGCAAGAUUCAUGUGGUGUCCAAAUAAUAAGUAAGAUAGACGUUCAUCAACACCAGGAGAUACAGAACAUUGUUGAAGGGACCCUGGAAUCCUCAAAGAUUAUUGAGUCCAAAGGAGUAGGACAGAGAAUGGAAACAGGGCUCAUGGAAGCCAAGAGGUCUCUGCCCAUGAGCCAGGACUUCCUUCAGGAACAGAUAAGUCCACCAGAUGUUGAUCUACAGUCCAGGGCAUCACUUCCUCCUCAUGAGGUCCCACAGUUUGGGGUUCAUCUUCUUCAAGAACUGGGAAGGCUGCACAAUGAACUGGAAUCUCUAAGACACCAAAAACCGAAGGAUGAGGAGAAUCUUCAUUCUCAAAAAAACCAGCAUCUCUUUGAACCAGAAGAUCCUGAGACAGCCACAUGCUCUCAAAUCCUUCAGCAUCAGGAAUGCAGAAGUACAGAAUUUCACCAUCCUCUAGCAAUAGACUACAGGGUUAUGGAAGUGCAUGGGGCACAACAAGGAAGACAGAAGGCCACUCUGUCUCCCCCGAAAGCCCAAGAAAUGUGUCAGGCAUCAGGAGCAUUGAAGGAGCCAGAGAGUAGCACAGAUUUACCAACACAAAAGGCACCAGAGAUGGAUGUACCAAAAAUAUCUCCAGUAGUUUCAAGUGGGAUGAGAAGUCUUCAUGUCCUUCAGUCCCAGGAACCAAAGAGCCAUUACAUUCAGGAAACCACACAGUUUGGAUGGGAGUCCUUUGAAGAUACAGAGAAGAUGCUAGAAAUGGGGACAAGGCCCAUAAAGUCUAGAGAAGAGAAGGUAGGAAACUUGUUAGCAAAGUCAACAACUCUUGAACACCAAGACUUGUCAAGGAUGACCCAGAACAUCCAGUGCAAGCUGCUGAGUGGAGUGGGAGACCUACAUUCCCAGGUCGGAGAGAAGGAUCUUCAACAGAUCAUCUCAUCCCAGGACCCAUUCUGUAAGCAAUCUCAAGGCCUUGGAUCUCAGGAUCCAAAAACAAGAGUUCUCCUCCUCCCUCUGAAUCAGGAGGAACCAAAGACCCAACAGUUAGAGGAGCAUUUUCAGAGAGAAGAGGAGACAUCUCUAUCUCCAAAAUCAAGACACAUAAACUUGAUCCAGCUGCAGGAGGUUGAGAGAGAGAUGGGGAGCACUGAACCUUGGAAAGUGGAAGAAUCACCAACAUCUCAAGAAUGGAAGAAGGAAAAGAUUUCAUCAACUGAAGGAACUCAACAGAGAGGUCUUUCCGCCCUUGCGUUUUGCCCACCAGACCUGAAUCGCCUUGAAUCUGGGCCAUUAAAGAGCAUGCGAGAGGGACCAGCACCAUGGGAGCAAAAGGAGGAGUCCCCACAAACUUGGAAGACCACGGUUGUGUCCAUGUUGUCUCCCCCCAGCCCGGGAACGUGGGAUGAGGAACUGAGAUGGGAGCCGGCAUCUCACAGUGUGGGCUUCUUCAGAGAAACCUCCACAAAUGUGGCCCCAGCUGAGAAGACUGCCGGACCCCGUGGGGACUUUGUCCCCCGAAGACCCUCGUGUGCUGGCCCCCUUCCGCCUCUUCUCCCUCCUGCUCCUCCUCCGCGCCCUCCUUGCCGAGAGAAGGCCUUCAUCUGGUUCUCCAAAGAGGAGAAGGAGGAAGCCCUGCAUCGGUUGGCGGCCCUUCAAGCCGAGGGAGAGCUCCGGCGCCAGCGGGACAAGGAGCGGCAGAUCCUGCGGUUCCAGGAGAGACUGUCGAUUGCUAAGCACCGUAAAUCGGAAGAGGACCUUCUGGGAAGCAGCCCGACUGAACAACCAAUUCUUCCCGCUGCUCACCUGUGCCAGGACCAAGAUGGACGAAAAACAGCCGUGAAGCGUCACCUGGAGAAGGUGAAGCGGGAACGGACUUACGUCAUGCAGUCCAAGAGGGAAAGGAACACCUUGAGGUUCAAGGAGCUCCUCAACCCAUUGGUGACCCACAGCGAGGAGAGUCCAGAGCCAGGACUUUUGGAGGACGCUUGAAGGAGGACCCUCCCAAACAUAUGCUACCUGAGAUGGGAACCAACUGGAGAAGGGAACUGGUUUUGUUGCCUCAGAGACUCAAGAACAUUGGUCCUAGAGGCCAUUAGUCCACCUCUAGCCUGUGAUGGAAACAUCCCAGAAGGAAGACUCUCCAUCUUCUCUUUAAAAGCCCCCAAUGAAGGAGAAUCCACCACCAUUUCCCCUGUCAAACAUCACGUCAGAAGACUCUCAUGUUGAGUCUCCAAUCAAGACACAGCAGGUAGAUUUGGUCUAGUGCAAUAGAACUGCCACCGUGAAAACUGUGCCUUUAAAGUUUGUAUAGAAAAGGAAUUUCAUCCAUGUUGCUUUUGUUACCUGGUUACAGGACAAACAGCAGAAGUUCCAUUUUCUACACAAUCAUUAAAGAUCACCUCUAUCUCGACCAGGCCAUUGUAAGCUGUAAGGUGCUCAAACCAUAUUAGUCAUAUAAAAAUACUGUUUGAUGAACACAUGGAUUAUCAAUAGCACCUGGAUAACGAUUGUGAAUGUCAUGAUGAAGUAUCUAUGAGAGUGUGAUAAUGGCUGAGUCAUAAACAUGUGAGAUGUAUCACAAAGAGUUGCGGUGGUGCAAUGGAUUAAACCCUUGUGCCGGCUGAACCGCUGACCUGAAGGAUGGGUUGCUGACCUAAAGUUUGGGUUGCUGACCUAAAGGUUGGGUUGUUGACCUAAAGCUUGGGAUGUUGACCUGAAGAUUGGGUUGUUGACCUGAAGGUUGGGUUGUUGAUCUAAAGUUUGGGUUGCUGACCUAAAGGUUGGGUUGUUGACCUAAAGGUUGGGUUGCUGACCUAAAGGUUGGGUUGUUGACCUGAAGGAUGGGUUGCUGACCUGAAGGCUGGAUUGUUGACCUGAAGGUUGGGUUGCUGACCUAAAGUUUGGGUUGUUGACCUAAAGGUUGGGUUGUUGACCUGAAGGUUGGGCUGUUGACCUGAAGGUUGGGUUGUUGACCUAAAGGUUGGGCUGUUGACCUGAAGGUUGGGUUGUUGACCUGAAGGUUGGGUUGCUGACCUGAAGGUUGGGUUGCUGACCUGAAGGUUGUUUUGUUGACCUGAAGGUUGGGUUGUUGACCUGAAGGUUGGGUUGUUGACCUAAAGGUUGGGCUGUUGACCUGAAGGUUGGGUUGUUGACCUGAAGGUUGGGUUGCUGACCUGAAGGUUGGGUUGCUGACCUGAAGGUUGUUUUGUUGACCUGAAGGUUGGGUUGUUGACCUGAAGGUUGGGUUGCUGACCUGAAGGUUGGGUUGUUGACCUGAAGGUUGGGUUGUUGACCUGAAGGUUGGGUUGCUGACGUAAAGGUUGGGUUACUGCCCUAAAGGUUGAGUUGUUGACCUGAAGCUUGGGUUGUUGACCUGAAGGUUGGGUUGCUGACCUAAAGUUUGGGUUGCUGACCUGAAGGUUGGGUUGUUGACCUGAAGGUUGGGUUGUUGACCUGAAGGUUUGGUUGUUGACCUGAAGGUUGGGUUGCUGACCUGAAGUUUGGUUUGCUGACCUAAAGGUUGGGUUGUUGACCUAAAGGUUGAGUUGUUGACCUGAAGGUUGCGGGUUUGAAUCUGUGAGACGGGGUGAGCUCCUGUCUGUCAGCUCUAGCUUGCGGGGACAUGAGAGAAGCCUCCCAGUAACACAUCCGGGCAUCCUCUGGGCAACAUCUCUGUAGACGACCAAUUCUCUCACACCAGAAGGGACUUGCAGUAUGUUCUCAAGUCACUUCUGACAUGAUAAAAAAAAUAUUGCAAAGGGGUUACAUCAACCAUUGUCCCUUACUGAUGACCUGUCAGCAGGUGGCUACAAAAAGAUGAAAGGUUCCAUCUUUCUCUCUCCUGCCUGACUCAUUGCAAGUAUCUGUCUAUGACCCUCUGAGGAUUGCUUAGAGCUGUAAGUAGAGAAAUUAGGUACCGCUCAUUAGCGGGGAAGGUAAUUUACAACACCAUAAAGAACAAGACCAGAAUUUCCAUGACCUAAAGGAAGGUGGAAGGAGGAAGUCCUGAUGGCUCUUCGUCAUGGAGAACGGAGCAACAGCACCCGCCUGUGACUGAAUCCGAACUCAACCUCCAAGGCAUUGAAACUGGACUUUGAGACAACACAACUCCUUCCUGUCUGUUCUGUUCUGUCCUGUCUGUCCAAAUGGCAUUGAAUGUUUGCCGUGUGUGUGUACUGUGAUCCACCCUGAGUGUUAUAUUGGGGUUGUUGUGUGUAAACCUCACAACCUGAGGAUGCCUGAUAUGUUGGAUUAUGGUUGUAUGUAUAUGAAAUGUAAGGCAAGAAUGUGUGUUUCAGUAAUGAAACAGUUAACAGCAGGCUAAUUAACUGUUAAGAGGCUAGUUAAGAGCGUGUUUAAAUGAACAGGCCCAAUAGAGCUGUCAUUAGAAUACUUCUUUCUGUUUUAAAAGCAUAUGGCACUUUAUCACUGUUACUUCUUUCCAUGAUACAGCACUUUAUGAAACCUGUCCCCACUGGUUUGCUUUUAAUUAUUCUGAUUUUAUCUGCUUGGAUUUUAAUGUAUUGUCCAUUAUUUUAUUUAGUGUAUCAUUGGAAUGUUUUAAGUUUUUGUGAAAUAUGUUGUGUUAUUGUUUCAGGCUUGUCCCUAUUGUGAGCUGCCCCGAGUCCCUUCGGGGAGAUGGGGCGGGAUAUAAAAACAAAGUUUAUUAUUAUUAUUAUUCAUUGACUGACAGCCUGUUGUGACUGCUAUGACCUAUCAGGCAUGAUUUCCGGCCUUGGAGGUCGGCAACUUCCUUCGGACUGAGGAAUGUGUUUUCUUAUCUCUGUGUGAGUUGAGCUGUGCUUGCCGAGGCAAGAGGCUAUAGAAGAAUACCAGCUCAGAGCGAUGGCUUUUACUAUGCUUUGUAAACAUGUUUGUAGAUAUUGAAUAAAUGUUUGGAUUUCA